AUGGCAACAGCAGCAGUGUUCGGUAGCACAGGAGCCGUCGGCUCUCAAAUCCUCGCGACUCUUCUCGCUGCCGAUGGUUUUUCAUCAAUCAAGACCAUUUCGAGAAGACUUCCAUCAGUGCAGUCCCCCAAACUGCAAGUCCUCCAAGAAGUCGAUAGCUCAAAAUGGGGCGCCAUGAUUUCUUCUUUGUCGCCUAAGCCAUCAGUCAUAUUCAACGCAGUCGGUACUACCAGAGCGGACGCCGGCGGUAUUCAGAAUCAAUGGAAAAUCGACCAUGACUUGUGCAUUGAGAAUGCCCGGGCAGCCAAAGAGGCGGGCGUAAAGACGUAUGUUUUCAUCUCGAGCGCUGGUACUAGAAAUUUCUUCUCGAGUCAGGUGCCUUAUUCGAAGAUGAAGAUUGGCGUGGAGGAUGCCAUCAAGGAACUUGACUUUGAGCAGGCCAUCAUAUUGAGGCCGGGUAUGAUUAUUGGCCGGGAGAGGUCUAAGGCUCCGAUGUUUGAAAAGAUCGUGGAGAAUCUCCACAAGAUAAGUCAGGGUAUUCAAGAUAGUUUCGGCCAGGAUCAAACCGUCAUUGGCAGAGCUGCAGUAGCAGCUGCUCGUAUUGCAGAAGAUGGCAAGGCACCUUCGAAAUAUUGGAUUAUGGAAAUGGAUGAUAUUGUCAAGUUGGGCAGAGAUGAGUGGAAGGAAUGA